AACUCACCGGAAAGGGAAACGGGAAAGAAGUGCUUGAUCAGUUUGCACAAGCGCUACGGUGGCCUGUGCCCAGACUUCGAACUUGAAACAUUUAAAGUACCUUUGAAAUUGUGCAGUUUCAUGAUCUCAAUGAGAACAUUUAUAAUAUCUUGAAUUAUGUCGCAUUUAAUGAAACACAGUUUCAUCGAACCAAUGUCAUCUUUGAAGACUGGUAUUAAGUAGCAAUAUUUAUCAAUUCACUCCAGUUAUUCUAACCUCGAUUGCAAAUUAAGCUGUGUAGUAAACAAACAACAUUGAGGUUCGAUGUGUUUACUAGAAGCAGUCGCGCAAGGGAUACCAGAUUUACUUCAAUGAGCUCUCCUUCAAAAAUGCCGUUCACAGCUGAUGCAGCAGCGCAUCAAAUACAGGAACGUUUGAAAAACAUACACAAUUUGGUGCAUGAAAUAGAAGAAGAACGCAACAGAUCAGAACAUAAUCUAAAUAAUAUCACAAAAGCUCAUGACAAAAUAACUCCAGAUGACAAAGUAUCGCCAUACUAUCAACAAAAACUCAAAAGCUUAUACAGCGCUGCAGUAUCUGAUGCCCAACAAGAAGAGGAACUAAUCCGGAAAGCAUUGGCUAAAAUAAAUGAAAUCAGAGCAAUUAGAAACGAACGUCGAAUCCAGGCACGCAACGCUGGUAAUAAAGAAACUAUACGAAGAGGUGCUCUGAUGAAAAUGCUAUUAAGCUCAGCACAAACUCUACCUUUGUAUGUAGGCAAAUCUCCAGGAGCUAAGCCCCCUCCACUUUGUGGUGCAAUCCCUGCUGAGCUUACAUAUAUAGCAAAGAUGGGUGAUAUGGUUGCUGCCUUAGUAAAAGGGUCAGAAGAAGAAGAGAAUUGGAUACUUGCAGAAGUAGUCCAGUACAAUCCCACAGCUAAUAAAUAUGAAGUUGACGAUAUAGAUGAGGAGCAGAAAGAUAGACAUGUUCUUUCGAAACGCCGCGUCGUUCCUUUGCCCUUGAUGCGAGCGAAUCCAGAGACAGAUGCACACGCACUUUUUCCAAAAGGAUCUAUAGUGAUGGCACUAUAUCCGCAAACAACUUGCUUUUACAAGGCAGUCGUCAAUCAACUUCCAACUACGGCUACAGAGGAGUAUGAGGUACUGUUUGAGGAUGCUACCUAUGCAGAUGGCUAUUCUCCACCCCUGAAUGUAGCACAACGUUAUGUUAUAUCAAUCAAAGAGAGUAAAAAGAACAAGAGUCAAUCGUGAAUAGUUUUAACUCGAUUCUCAAAACUUAUAAUGAUGCUAAUAUCUGGAAAAAUUUUGCGAAAAAAAUCUAUUGUUUCAAUCUUUUUUAGCUGACAAAAAAAAUACUUUGAAUAUGAGGAUUUAUUGCGAAUGUAUCCAAGACUCAAACUGUAAAUAAUUAAUGUUGAUAAUAUUUUACGUAAAAGAUUUUCACUAAUUACCUAUUUGACAUCUCCACGAACUGGUUUAUGCAUAAGGAUUCUUUAUUUGUCCACUCAAUCAUCUUACAUUUAUUUUUUAACAUUUUUUUUUCUUAUCUAUUUUUUCUUAUUUUUCUUUCCUAUUGAGAAAUCAAAAUUGUUCAUGAAUUUGUGUUAUGUCGCUGAAUCGGAGGUGAUGCUGCACCGCACCUGCAAAAUACUUAGCGACAUGGGAGUAAUGUGGGUAAUUAGGACUUUCGGUCUCUAACAAGGAUACCAAUGCUUUUUUUUAGUUCUUCACGCACUCCGAAAUAUAUCAAGUUCAUCAGUUAAUAACGGUCCGUCAUUUUACAAAGUAGAAUUCAACACGUAUGGAGAUUAAAUUAAAGAAUAUAUCAUUAGAAUGUUCUGAUUAAAUGAAAGUUGCCAUCACACUAAAUCGUGUUACUCAAUUAUUCACGGUUCUAAGUCUAAAUAAAUCUUUAAGCAACUUCUAUUUAUCAGACGCAUACAAAAUUGAUGACUGAACUGAUUAACUCGCUAUUAAUUAUAACUACAUCACAUAAUUCUAUUCAUUCAGAUUGUAGUUCAAUGGAUUUGUUAUUUGUUUACCAGGACUUCAAUGUGCAUACAACUUGACAGAUGAUUUUUUUUCCUGUAAAAGUUUGGGUGUUGGGCAUAUUUGAAUUUCAGUUCAAAAGGAUGUCGCAGGAGACAAUUUUUGUGCGCAAAAUAAUACCUGCAUAGAUAAGUGGCAAUGAUGGAAUGCAGGUUCUCCAUUCACGUGUAUCAAUUGACAUGAACUGUAUUGAUACUUGGACAAAAAAAAAUUACUUGGGCAAAUUAUUAUCCAUGCAGAACUUGGAGUGCUCCAAAGCCAACGCAUGCUGUCAAUUUAUGAGCUCCAAAAAAUUGCAAUGAUAGUGUGACUUUAUAUCAAACUGCCUAGAGUUACUUUCGCGGCAACCUGAAUAUCAAUAAUAAUUACGACAAGAUCUCUUGACGUGAUUGAUAAAUUACUGCUGAGUAAUUAUGUUUUGUCGAGGAUUCUACUCUCGAUACAGAAAUAAUAUUCUACAAUACUGAGUCGAUACAUUAUUCACCAUUCUGUACGUGGUAUUCAUUUUUCUCAUGAUAGCUAAUUAUUGGUAGUAUUUAUAUCCGAAGAAACAUUUUCUUUCUUCUUGUGAGAAUUAUUUAUCGUACAUGAAUUCUAAUAUUGUCACGUUAGUAAAAUUUGAAGAUCUGUUUUUCCCUACAAAAAAUUAACGUGGAAAAUAUUUAGUUCGGUGAAAUGUAUACGGGGUGCUAAAAAAUGAAUUACUGCGAUUUUUUGCAAAUAAAUUGAACUACAAUUACGAAUGGUUUGCUGCUCUAGUAUUGAAGGAUUAUUUUUGUUUUUUUUGUUUUUUUUUCAAUUGGUUUUUUUUUUUUUUUUUGUUUCAAUAAAAUUA